AUGUGUGGCUGGGAAGAGAUCAUCUACACCUGCGACCGCAGACACAGCAAGCUGCGCAGGACCAAGUACUCGUGUGAUGUCUACAGGCGUUACGUCUAUGGCUUCUGCGAGUUCGACGAGCGCUAUGACCGCCGCCGAGUUUCCCAAUACCACUCCAGCGGGAUGUGCGACGAGUGCAACGCGAUAUUCCAGCGCCGACAUGUAUUAGUACGCGAUGAUUAUCAGGGCGUGACGUUGAACACCACACGGAUAGAGGAGGAAGCUCGGUGCUUUCAGCACUGGGCAUAGCUUUUGGGGCGAUCUUCGGUUUCUUUUUAUUGUCUGUUUGCUUUUAUGGAGAGGGUACGAUAGAUUUCACAAUGACCACGAACACAACGGCAUACACUGGGUGAUUCGGGGGUUAGAUUUGGCCAGCAUCACUGCACUAUGGGGAGGGGGAUGAUGUGGAUUGGAUUUCAGUUGGAUUUCGGUUUUUGUACACUUGGUGUGUUAUGUUCGAUAGACUUUCGCUUCUUGCCACAAUAGAUAGGGAUAUUACCUGUUACUUAUU